UCAUUUGAGUAAAUUAUUAUUAUAGUAGUUUGAGAAAAAAACAAUGCAUCCUUUGGGUUCUUCCCCAUCAUCAUGUUUUGUAGCAUUAGGUUUAGUUGUAGGUUUUUUGGUUCUAAAUGUGGCAGUUUUGUGCAAUGGAGGUUCAACAAGCUCCUUUGUUAGAAAAGAGGAGAAGACUGAAGAUAUGCCACUUGAUAGUGAUGUCUUUGCUGUUCCUCCUGGUCAUAAUGCUCCUCAACAGGUUCAUAUAACACAAGGUGAUCUUGAGGGGAAGGCAGUGAUUGUGUCAUGGGUGACAAUGGAUGAAAAAGGGUCAAACCAAGUUCGUUAUUGGAGUGAAAAAGACAAAAGCAAACCAAAGGUUUCUAAUGGAAAAGUUGUUACUUAUAAAUAUCACACUUACAAGUCUGGUUAUAUUCAUCAUUGUACCAUCAAAAAAUUGGAGCACAACACCAAAUAUUACUAUGAGGUUGGAACUGGAAAAUCAGCACGUCAAUUUUGGUUUAUGACUCCUCCAGAAGUUGGUCCUGAUGUGCCAUACACAUUUGGGGUCAUGGGGGAUCUUGGACAGACUUAUGAUUCAAAUGCAACACUUACUCACUAUGAAAAUAGCCCAAGUAAAGGACAAGCUGUUUUAUAUGUUGGAGAUCUGUCUUAUGCUGAUAACCACCCUAAUCAUGAUAACGUUAGAUGGGAUACUUGGGGAAGGUUUGCUGAAAGAGUUGUUGCUUAUCAACCUUGGAUUUGGACUACUGGCAACCAUGAACUUGAUUUUGCUCCUGAAAUUGGUGAAAACAUUCCUUUCAAGCCAUUCACCCAUCGUUACCAUGUUCCUUAUAAAGCAUCAAAUAGCACUCAACCCUUUUGGUAUUCAAUCAAGAGAGCUUCAGCAUACGUUAUUGUCUUGUCUUCAUAUUCGGCAUAUGGAACAUAUACACCUCAAUACCAAUGGCUAUUAGAGGAGCUACCAAAAGUUAACAGGUCAGAGACUCCAUGGUUGAUUGUUCUUGUACAUUCACCUUGGUACAACAGCAACCAGUAUCACUACAUGGAAGCCGAAACAAUGAGAGUAAUGUUUGAACCAUGGUUAGUAGAGAACAAAGUUGAUGUCGUAUUUGCCGGCCAUGUUCAUGCCUAUGAACGAUCUGAACGAAUCUCGAAUAUUGCUUACAAUAUUCUAAACAAAAACUGCACACCAGUAAGAGAUCAAUCAGCUCCAGUAUACAUAAACAUUGGUGAUGGAGGGAAUGUUGAAGGCUUAGCAAUCAACAUGACAGAACCACAGCCAGAUUACUCAGCACACAGGGAGGCUAGCUUUGGACACGCCAUUUUCGACAUAAAGAACAAGACACAUGCUCGCUAUAGCUGGCAUAGGAAUCAAGAUGGAUAUGCAGUGGAAGCUGAUUCUAUGUGGUUUUACAAUAGAUUUUGGCACCCUCUUGAUGAUUCCACUACUAAGAAAGCUUCUCAGUAACCAUAGAUGCAAGAA